UUAAAGGCAGAUGACGAGCACUACAUCCCGCGAGCUGUGCUGCUGGACCUGGAGCCCCGGGUUAUCCACUCCAUCCUGAACUCCCCAUACGCCAACCUCUACAACCCAGAAAACAUCUACCUGUCAGAGCAUGGAGGGGGAGCUGGGAACAACUGGGCCAGUGGCUUCUCACAGGGAGAGAAAAUCCACGAAGAUAUUUUUGACAUAAUAGACAGAGAGGCUGAUGGGAGCGACAGUUUGGAAGGUUUUGUGCUUUGCCACUCCAUCGCCGGCGGAACGGGCUCUGGGCUGGGCUCGUACCUCCUGGAGAGACUGAAUGACAGGUAUCCCAAGAAGCUGGUGGAAACCUACUCGGUUUUCCCAAACCAGGAUGAGAUGAGCGAUGUUGUCGUCCAGCCAUACAACUCUCUGCUGACGCUGAAGAGGCUGACUCAGAACGCCGACUGCGUGGUGGUUCUGGACAACACGGCCUUGAAUCGGAUCGCGACAGACCGGCUGCACAUUCAGAACCCGUCGUUCUCUCAGAUCAACCAGCUG